AUGGCUAGUCGCGGAUUGUACCCGAUCGCAGCUGAGCCCGUCGAGGCGAUUGAGUCCAUCACAAUUACUCUCGCACUAGUACACAUCAAAGCCGACGGAAGUUCAUAUGGAGUGACAAGCAGCGAAGCACAUGUGGUAACGGAGACCACGCAAUUACUGGGGUCACCGGUUGCCGAUGUUAAUCAAGUGAAACCCAACAUGAAAACCCCAAGCGUAACAAUGAACAAAGUAUUGGGGGACGACGGUUCUAUCGAUGUUGCACCAACUUUUCCCGGUCAACUCGCAGACAUACCAGCUGAUUUCCAGAAGAAGCUUCCACUUUUGCUGCCAGCUCUUGCCAUUGGGCUUCUUAUUGUUGCAACGUAUCCGAAAAUUGGCAGCGACCUGAAAGCACUGAACAGCACAGGAUGGAUUGCGACGGCCUACUUCCUGACUCUGACGAGCUUUCAGCCAUUGUACGGUAAGCUGAGUGACAUUUUCGGACGUAAGGAGUGCCUUCUCUCCUCGUAUAUGAUAUUCAUGUUCGGUUCAUUGGGCUGCGGGAUAGCACAGAGCAUGCCGCAGCUCGUGGGUGCCAGAGCCAUUGCUGGAAUCGGCGGCGGAGGGAUGAGCAGUGUUGUGAGUAUCAUCGUGAGCGACUUUGUGCCGCUGCGAGAACGGGGCAUCUGGCAAGGCUAUCUAAACCUGAUAUUCGCGGCGGGGACUUCGACCGGGUCGCCUCUGGGCGGUUUUCUUGUGAACUCUGUAGGAUGGAGGUGGUCUUUCUUGGGUCAAAUACCAUUGUGCAUCCUAGCAUUCUUGGUUGUUUACAUCGUCCUGGAUGUGCCAGCAGUCAAUUCAGACCGCUGGGCCCAGAAGUUACGGUGUGUCGACUUCGUCGGCGCUUUGACGCUAAUCGCUGCGGUCUGCUGUCUCCUCAUCGGGCUCGACAACGGCAGCAAUGAGGGAUGGAACAAGCUCCAUACCAUUCUGCCUGUGAGCGCGAGUCCUGUCCUCUUCGCUCUCUUCAUGCUUGUCGAGUCGAAGUACGCUGCCCACCCAUUCGCUCCUGGACAUAUCAUUUUCGAUCGCUCAUUGUUUGCGUGUUACGCAUGCAACUUUUUCAGCACAGCGGGGUACAUGGCUGCCUUGUUUCUGUUGCCACUGCUGUAUCAAGCUGUUUACGAAUUGUCUCCUGUUCAGGCGGGAAUGUUGUUAAUUCCCGGAUCGGUGUCGGCUGUGUUGGGGUCUCUUGGUAGCGGCUUGAUUAUCAAGAGAACCGGGCAUUAUUAUAAGGCUGCUAUCACAUGUUAUUGCCUUUGCCUUCUCUGUCCUGUCGUGUUUGUGACAGCGCUGGCCUGGAAGCCUCAAUAUAUGGCUGCCUCCAUGGUCGGAACCAUAAUAGGACAAAUACUCGUCUCCAUUGGCCAGGGAGCAGGCACUACGACCACACUCGUCGGCCUCCUUGCCAACACGCCCAAGGAAGAAAUGGCCGUGGUGACUGCGUGUUCAUAUCUUUUCCGCUCGCUUGGAUCGUCUUUUGGGAUUAGUAUCCUGUCGGCUGUUUUCCAACAAAGCCUCAAGACAAGACUGUUAGAUAGUUUCGGCGACAGCAACCAGGCCGGCGAUCUUGAAAGACGUGUGAGAGAAAGCCUCGAAUAUAUCAACCAGCUGGAGCCGCAAUUGGCAGAAACUGUGCUCAACUGUUACAGUCUCGUCUCAUACCUUGAGGAUUCAGUGGCUCGACUUGAGCAAGCACUUGGCAUCUCUCAGAAUGAUGUAUCGGCACAUCACUCGUGUGAGGUCGAUGUUAUUCCGGAGGCUGCCUCAUCUCCUGCUGGUACGGUUGAGGAACAUGUUUUGAAAGCAUCUGGAAAAUGUAUGAUGUAUGCUUGUCGACAAGCUCUUCGACACGAAACCGGACUUGUGUACCAAGACGUCCUGCUUGCAGAGUCGGAACUUCCGAAGCCUACCCUCCAAAGCGAUGGCAACGACGAUGACCCAUUUUACGUCUGCACUUCUAGCAGAGGUUUGAACACAAUUCCCCGCGCUGUGGCAGAGAUGCUCUUGAAUGUCUAUGUCGAGAAGAUCCUUCCCUACCAUCCUAUCUUUCUAGAGCGCGAUUUGCGUCAAAUCUACCACAGAGUGUAUUCAGGCCGAGUGCAAGACGACCAUGAGGUAUUUGUGAUAUUGAUGAUCUUUGCCAUAAGCACCAUGUCAUCGAGAUUUGAAGAUCUUCGAAAACCCAUGUCUCUUGCAGAUUCACUACGUCAGGAAGCUACAAAUCAUUUCAAUUGCACGACAAGCAGUAUUCCCUCAUUGCAGAGCCUUCUGCUCACUGCCCAACUGGCAUAUGUUCUUCCUCACAUUGGAAAACUAGAACAUCUAGUUGCAGAAGCAAUGAGAAUGGCCGUUGAACUGGGACUCCACACUGAGCAUCCAGAAAUGCAGAUGGAUGCUGAGAGUUCAGAUUUUCGCCGACGAAUAUUCUGGCAGGUGUACGCAAUGGAAAGAUCGGUCAACGCCUCCACUCGACGCCCGUUUGUGAUCGCUGAUGAACACAUCAACGUCGCUCUCCCCUCUGUGUAUGAACAUACCGUGACCAGGGAGAGACAUAUGACCCGUAAAUCGAGGGUGCAAUUUGUGAAUGCGAUCCAUCACCGCAAACUUCAAUCCGAGAUCAGCUCCAAGCAAUUCUAUCGCCCAGUCACUUCGCAAGCUGACUACCAAGAAUGGAUGACCCGGACUGCUGGGCGGAUUUUAUCGUUGAGACGCAAUGCGCUGUCAGAGGAGGAACUAGCACCAGACUGGUUUGACUACGGGCCGUGGUAUAAUAUGUUGAUCCUACACCGGCCUUGUCCUGCCAAUUCAGCCCCAGAUUUGGUGUCCAUAAAGUAUUGCAUCACCGCUGCCGCCCAUCUGGUGUCAGCGUACUGUCAUACUGCUCGACACGGCCUUCUCAAAUUCCCGUUUCACGGCCUCCACAACUGUUUCGAAGCAGGAAUUAUUCUCUUGUAUAACAUUAUGUCGCACCCCAAGGUAUUUUCGUCGACCCACAACGUCGAGUUCCAGCAGACGCUAGAGGUACUCGGCCUGAUUUCUGAUGUCUUUCCGAUCAUAUGCGAACUCUGGCCGAAAGCAAAGCACACUACAGACUUAUUUGAGAGUCUUCAAGCGCGUGUACUACGGGCUCACUCAACUGGCUCGUUUGAACGUUCAGAUCCCGAUCUCCUAGGGAUGUUACGUAACAUUAUCUUUCUCGAAGAUAAUUUGGCUCGCUCUGCGCCCGUCGAAAAGGAGCAGUCACAAACGUCGUCGCAGACAGACAUUCAGACAUUUGUCCGCAAGCCAUCACAUAUGCAGGAGGAAGACGAGCUAACAAAUAGUUGGUUCGAAUUGACCCCUGAUGUCUUCAAUUCAUUUGGUAGUUGGGGGUUUCAGGGCCAGCCUCAUACGCUCACAGCAGGCGAGUUGCCAAAUUCCUUUAGCCAAGAGCAUCUACGAUUGCUGUCGCCAGACUCGCCGGCGAGUCUCCAAAACCCAGUCUCAACCCCUGAAAGGGUGCGCGGUUGUGAGCAGUUGCACAUUCCUGACUCGGGCUAUGUUGAGGAGGCCAUGAAUCUACUUCCCUCUUGUCUCGACUGUCGACGGCGACGAAUAAGGUGUGACAGGGUUUUUCCCUCUUGUGGCUACUGUGUAAAAACAGGCAAGCAAUGUCGAAUCAUCGACCCUCUCUUGUCGAAAGAGAUUCCCCGGCCGUAUCUCUUUGCGCUGAAGCAGAGACUUGAUGAGCUGCUCGGAAAAAUCUCCCACAACGCUGCUUCGGAGUCCUUCAAUCCUUCUCUGGUUGGAACAGAAGCAGUACCAACUGCAAAUAUCUCUGAACAUGAAUCACGUGGUUUCCUGAUAUCCUUUGGGAAACUUGGAGGGGAUCAUGCAGCAGACACGACGUUCCUCGGUUCUUCAAGCCCAAUCUAUCAUUUGAAGACGGCACUGGAAGAUGUUUCUACUCAGGAAACCAACCACGACGAGUCCAUCGAAGACUAUGAUGAAUUGAAUGAUAUAGAAACGGCCUCGUCGACUCAAGGCCUCCCAACUGGCAGAACUGCAAAAAAACUUGUUGAAACAUAUCGCAAUAGCAUCGAACGGCUAUUCCCUGUACUUGGAGACCAGACCAUGGCCUCGAUGUUGGCAAUUGCUCAGAAUAUCGAACAUGCUCCUCCAACAGGUGAUGAACGCAUUCUGGUACUGCUAAUCCUUGCCAUAUCGACCAGGCUGCGAAGUAAACGGGACUCUCGACUGGCUGGGAUCUCUGCCGCAUAUCUUCGAACAGCAAUGGCCGACUCGGACGCAUUCCGUCGGUUGAGUCAGCAGCCCGGUGAAACGGGGCUCCGACUGACCCUUCUGCUCAGUCUCUAUCUACUGCUAGAUCCAUUGGCAGGAAAUGUGUGGCGUCUUCUGGGCUAUGCCUGUAGGCUCUGCACUGAUCUGCGAUGGGAGCUCUCAUCACCCCUACGUUCCCAGCAGAUCGAUUGGACCUUGUAUUGUACUGUCUUCCGUCUGGAAUGUGAAGUCGCAAUUGCGUACGGUCGACCGUCACAACUUCGAAAGCUUGAUUUUGUCCCGGCUAUCAUAUGA